AUGGCGCUUGCUUGGCAGCCCAAAGCAGAUAUAACCUCUCGUGUUCCUGUUUUUCUGGCCACAACAGAAUGGAAUUUUCGCAUUCGGGCACCCGACGCUCAGCCGGAAUUCCCAUUCCCGACGACAAUUAGCGAUGGCAGUGUCGUUCAAGUGGAUUCUUUGAUGAUGCUCGAAGCUCCUUCGGAGCUACUCACCUUCAAGAUACAAGGAGACAGCAGCAAUCUUGUCCCCAUAAACCUAGAAAAGGCUACAACGGAUGACGGCAACCUAGCAAUUGUUGGUUCUCAAAGCGUGCCGUCUCUUGCUGAAGUAAAUCUAGCGGAAAACAAUAUUUCCAGUAUUUAUUCCAACUUGCCCAGGUCCACCGAGGCCUUGAAUGCAAUGAGCGAAAUCAAUAUGGCAAACAACAGCUUUACCGAAUUUCCAGUCAAUUUGCUGCAGUUUCCGAAUCUUAAAAAGCUUGAUUUGAGUGGCAACCUCAUCACAAAUUUGACAAUCACCAGUGAUGAUCUUGCAGCUAUUUCACAGCUUCAAUUGUUUCGUAUCGAUACCCCUGCUGGGUUUGGGGGCAAUGGAGGUGACUGUGAUAACGGCGAAUUGCAAAAGGUACACAACACAAAUUUUUGUGUCGUGAAGAACACGAGCACGUCUACCCCGGAGGUGCUAGCUGGAAGCAGUGAGGAUAACACCAACUGGACAAUCUUCGUACUCGUGGCUGCUUUUGGAGGAUGUUUUGUGGGCUUCCUGUUGUUCUUUCUGGCAAUGAAAUUCGUUCAAUAUCAACAAGAACGCCAACAUAAGGCAGACUUAUCUCCACCUGUGGUCGAGGAGGUCCUGACGUCACAAGCCGGUGACAGUUCUGCAGUGCAGGCAUUCUAUAACUCGCUUCAUCCGACACUAUACGGAGAGCUACUCAAAGACCCAGUGAUCAUGUCGUUCCGACUGAAAUACAAAGAUCUCCAUGUGGGUCGAUGCAUCAGCAAAGGAGGCUUUGGACUCGUGUACACGGGUAUGUACAAGCAUCGACGUGUGGCCAUCAAGAAGAUCAUGCGUGAAAAGUGUGAGAAGUUAUCUCAAAUUCGCAUGUUCAUUCGAGAGAUAACGCUGAUGGGGUCGCUUAAGCAUGAACGCAUUGUGGAAUUCAUCGGCGUUGCAUGGGACUCGCUCCGUAACUUAAGUGCAGUCACGGAAUACAUGGAACGAGGGGAUUUACGAGAUGUUCUUCAUAUCUUGAAACACCGAGAAAGCACUGUCGAUAAUGAAUUAACGUGGCAAGGCAGAAAACUCACCAUUGCGCUACAUAUCGCUGAAGGACUUGCGUACAUGCACUCGCUCAACCCGAAGGUGAUUCACCGUGACCUCAAGUCCAAGAACGUGCUACUGAACAGCGAAUACGAGGCUAAGCUCAGCGACUUUGGUGUAUCUCGUGCUCGUCAAGUGGCUAACGUUAAAGAUGGUCCUGGUCGAUUCAUGACUCCAGGGGUUGGUACAUCAUUUUGGAUCGCUCCAGAGGUGUUGCUCGGCCGAGAUUACGACGAGCGUGCAGACAUUUUCUCGUUCGGUGUCGUGCUGUCCGAGAUCGACACGGACGACUACCCAUACUGGAACUCUGGAGCUCCAGCACACGACAAUCCGGAUGAACGGCGGUCGCAGGAGCAGAAGAUUCUGGAGAAGGUGGCGCUUGGCUCCUUGCGUCCGACAUUUUACAAUGACUGUCCACCGGGAGUCCUUGCGCUGGCCUCAAGCUGCCUCGAAGGUAGGCCAGAAAACCGACCCAGCGCAUCAGAAGUUGUCCUCACGAUCAAAGAGCUCAUGCGCGAGUGGCAGUUCGACAGCACGACCCACCUGGAACCUGAACCAGAUCAAAUUGUCACGGAAGGCUUCCUCUCAAGCACGUAA